UCCUCGGAUCGUGCGUCUGUGUGAGGGUUGGACCUGCGCCCUAAACCAAACCACUGCCCCCUUUCACAGAUUCACCGACUUCCACGAUUAUCGCUCAGAGACUGACCGUAGAGGAGAUCUGAGUUUACCUUCUAAGCGGUGCCUGCCCAUAAACACCAGUAUGUAUCCGGCUGGAGGGAUAUCUGCAAGCAUACACGCCAACAGGCUGCGGGCAGAAGGCAUGGGCUCCAAGGACCAGGCUGUGCACUUCAACAACCAGGACUACGAGGCGCUGAAGCAGGAGUGUGUGGAGUCCGGCAGCCUGUUUGAAGACCCCUGUUUCCCCGCUGAACCUCCAUCGCUGGGCUUUAAGGAACUCGCACCCUAUUCCUCUAAAACUAGAGAUGUGGAGUGGAUGAGGCCCACGGAACUGACGGAUGACCCUCAGUUUAUCGUGGGUGGCGCCACCAGAACAGACAUCUGUCAGGGAGCCCUGGGUGACUGCUGGCUCUUAGCAGCCAUCGGCUCUCUCACCCUGAACGAGAGGCUUCUUCACCGGGUUGUUCCACAUGGUCAGUCCUUCCAAGAUGAUUACGCUGGAAUCUUCCACUUCCAGUUCUGGCAGUUUGGUGAGUGGGUAGAUGUUGUGAUUGAUGACAGAUUGCCUGUCAAAGACGGGGAGCUCAUGUUUGUCCAUUCAGCGGAGGGCAAUGAGUUCUGGAGUGCACUCUUGGAGAAAGCUUAUGCCAAGCUGAAUGGCUCCUAUGAGGCUCUGUCUGGGGGAAGCACCACUGAAGGGUUCGAGGACUUCACCGGUGGUGUUUCUGAGAUGUACGAGCUCCGCAAGGCUCCCAGAAAUCUGUACAGGAUAAUCAGCAAAGCCCUGGAAAGAGGCUCCCUGCUGGGCUGCUCUAUCGAUAUCACCAGUGCCUUCGACAUGGAGGCUGUUACGUUCAAGAAGCUUGUCAAAGGCCAUGCCUACUCAGUCACUGGGCUGAAGGAGGUGGAUUACCAUGGCGACAUGGUACGCCUGAUCAGAAUACGUAACCCUUGGGGCCAGGUGGAAUGGACCGGUGCCUGGAGUGACAACGCCCCUGAAUGGGACGACAUCGACCCUUCUGAACGAGAAGAUCUGCAUCUUCAGAUGGAAGAUGGAGAGUUUUGGAUGUCCUUCAGUGAUUUCAUGAGGCAGUUUUCUCGACUGGAGAUCUGCAACUUGACUCCAGAUGUUCUGAGCGAGGACAGCCUCAGCCACUGGAACACCAUCAAGUUCUACGGAACAUGGAGGAGAGGCAGCACCGCCGGGGGCUGCAGGAACCAUCCCAACACAUUUUGGAUCAACCCUCAGUAUAAGAUCACGUUGCUGGAGGAGGAUGAUGACCCAGAGGACGAUGAGGUGGCGUGUAGUUUUUUAGUCGCCCUCAUGCAGAAGGAUCGGCGCAGAUAUCGCCGCCAAGGUCAGGACAUGCACACCAUUGGCUUUGCUCUCUAUGAGAUUCCAGAAGAGUACAAAGGCUGCCAGAACGUCCAUUUGAAGAAGAAUUUCUUUUUGAGCCAUUCGUCCUGUGCUCGCUCAGAGACCUUCAUCAACCUCAGGGAGGUGAGCACUCGACUGCGUCUGCCGCCAGGAGAAUACCUCAUUGUCCCGUCCACCUUCGAGCCCGGGAAAGAGGCCGACUUUGUCCUCAGAGUCUUCACUGAAAAGCAGUCAGAAACAGAAGAACUGGAUGAUGAAAUCUCUGCCGAUUUGGGAGAUGAUGAGGAAAUAACAGAAGAUGACAUUGAUGACUCGUUUAAGUCUAUGUUUGCUCAACUAGCAGGAGAGGACAUGGAGAUAUCUAUUCGCGAACUCAGGACCAUUCUAAACAGAGUCGUCUCCCGCCACCAGGAUCUGAAGACUGAUGGCUUCAGUAUUGAAUCGUGUAGGACCAUGGUCAACCUGAUGGACAAAGAUGGUAGUGCCCGUUUAGGAAUGGUGGAGUUUCAGAUCCUCUGGAAUAAGAUCCGGAAGUGGCUGGUAAUUUUUAGACAGUUUGACCUCGACAAAUCAGGGGCCAUGAGCUCUUAUGAGAUGCGACUUGCUGUGGAGGCAGCAGGUUUCAAACUGAACAACACACUGAACCAGAUUCUGGUAGCUCGGUAUGCAGAGAAUGAGAUGAUCGACUUUGACAACUUCAUCUGCUGCUUGGUCAAACUUGAAGCCAUGUUCAGAUCUUUCCAGCAUUUUGACAAGGAGGGGUCAGGAGUGGCUGAGAUGAGUCUCACGGAGUGGCUUUAUAUGACAAUGUGUGGUUGAAGAGGACCAUCUUCGCUGCUGGAGGGUAUCAAAUGAAGAUAAAGCGCCUGCAGACGACCUCGAACCUGAAGCUCUGCAGACCCCUGAGCCUUAGUAACCUGUUGAUCCUUUUACACAUCCCACCUCAGCGUAAAUAAUCGUAGCGAACGAGUUAUAUGAUAGAAAACCAAAGUUCAACAACGCCGAGUGUGUCCCAGUUAUAUUUUAGAAACUAUGCAAACCGACGGUAUGAAGCAGUCGCUGUCGCAUAAAUCUGUCAUCACUGUUAAAACAGCAUGACUCUGUGCAUGACAAAAAACACUAACCGUAGCCUGCAUUGCAAGUUUAUUUUAUAUUUUGCUCUCUGUAUCAAUGUCAACUAACAAUAAGUUCACUGUCAUUCUGAAAUCUCACUAAAAGCUGUUUGAGGUAUUAAAUCUGUUAGUAUUUUUUCUAAGUCUUAUAGUUUUUCUCUUAAUCUGUGCUCAUGUUUUGCAAUUUUAGAACAGAAAAUGGGAAGUUUGUCUCAGUGCUCAAUGCUAGUUUCAUUUUUACACCUGUAGAUGGCAGUACAGACCCGGUUUGAUGUCAAUGAAGGUUUUUUUUUGGCAUUUUAUGUGUUCAAUAUUUCAAUUAAAUUCUUUAGCAGCUGUUUUAAAAAAACAACAACUUUGCACUGGGAUUUUAGUUUUAAGAAGCUGCUCGUGAAGUUGCCUCACGUUAAUAACAAUUAUCAGUUCACUCAAGUGACUACCACAGGAAUCACUUGAUACUGAAUGCCUUAUACUUGACACCAUGUUAUAAACAGCUAAUACUAAUGUGCCAGUCCUGUGUUUUGUGUUGUGAAUGUAUUUUGUGCCUUCAAUAAAUAUUUCUCUCAAGGUU